AUGCCUCAUUUUCCAAUCAACCCCGCUCUGGUAGCCCACCCACAUUGGGUAUCUUCGCCGACUCUGCUUGCCCUCCCAGUGGAAGGCGUUCCUCUUCCUCCCACGAGGGAGGUGCUCAAGGCUCUGAACUCUUUCGCUCUGCACUUAAGAGCUGACGAUGACGAGCACAUGUUCCGAGCGAAGCAGCUCCUAGACAUGGCGAUAGAUGAAGCUUAUCGACCUCUUCAUCCACCUGGCCCUCCAGCUCUAGACGACAUUCGGCGUUCUGUCGAUGAGCUGAACACCACGGUCGCAGCCCUCGGCAAUACGGUCGCAGCCCUCGGCAAUACGGUCGCAGCCCUCGUCAAUACGGUCGCAGCCCUCGCCAAUACGGUCGCAGCGAAUCAUGCGGCCAGUCAAGCGUCCUUGAAUCGUCUUGCCCAGAGUGUGAACGUCAUCACAGAGCAUGAUCUUCAGCGUAGAGCGAUGUCUCGUAAUGCUUUCAUCGAAAACUCGAUGCCCCGAAUGGACGCCGAUUGGGUGGCCGUCCCAGUCGUGGGGGGUGUACCUCCAGGAGUCGUUCUCCCUCCCGGCUUACCCAUUCCUUGGCAACAUCACCCCAAGUCUGCAUUGGAGAUCAAUACCAUGCCGGGUGUAGUGGUCCGUCGGUGGCUCGCCCACUAUGGUGUCCAGCCCGUCCGUCGGGUACAAGCAAACAAGGUCAUGUUAAUGACCUUUCUGACCGGGGGCAUGUAAACUCUCGGCAACGUGGAAACCGGGUCAAAGGACUCGUGCCGAUGACCUACUUUCGGCCCGCCCCACCAUUUUCGGGGGGAACGUUGUGACCGCACCUAUCAUCGCUGUAGUUGGGCUGACCCUCGUAUCUGCCGAAAGUUUAUCCGACUAUGUCGAAGGUCUUCAAAACGCUUUCACCUCGGCCGGGUUGAAUCGGAUGUCUCAAGGGAUAGCCAGUAUCAGUUCGACUGACUUUGGUCAGAGAAUGUUGGGACAGAUGCAGGCGGAUGAUGAAGUUACAAUUUUCGCCCCCAUGGAUGAUGCUUGGGAUCCUCCAGGACCUUAUGGAAACUUGAGCGAUCCUCAGAACAUAGUGACGAUGCUUUCGUAUCAGAUCGUCACUACCAACCUCACUGCCUCGAGGAUGCCAGAUCCACCUUCACACACAAUCGCCUUCACUCUUUUCCGUUCGGCUGAUCAUACCCUUCCAGGGGAUCAAACUCAGGUAUUAGUAGUGGAAAGGGCAGAUCCUGGAUUGGUAGUGAGAAAACCAGAUUAUAAUCUCACCACUACUGGAGAUGUCAGUUUCUAUAGUAACGUGGUGAUCUGGCCCACAGACGGGAUCAUCCAACUACCUAUAGAUUCCCUCGACGUCUUAUCCCAUAUUAUCGAUUAUCCAGAUGGCACUAUCCCCGCUGCCGGAUGGGAGCAGAUACUUUCUAGUACAGAUCUCACUGGUUCUUUCGAAGGAUGUUUCGGAUGUACUUUCUUCGUCCCCAUUGACAGGGCUGUUGAAGCUGUCAAUGGCACUUUACAAGGAUACAAAGAUAAUUUCAGAAGAGCCGUCGUGAAGAAUCACAUCAUCAACGGAACCACCAUCUAUACCUCUCAGUUACACGAAGGAGACACUUUCGUUACUUCUGGAGGGGAGACCAUCGCAUAUGCUUCCAAUGAUACCGGAAGUUAUUUCCUCUCUCAUGGACAAGCGGCACGAUUGGUCAGAGGAGAUAUCCCAACUUCGAACGGUGUCAUUAUUGGCGGAAGACAAUAG